AGGCUAGGCUUUGUGAAAUCUAUGGAUUUUGAAGUCAUAGCUUAAACAAAGAAACGCAUAGCCUGUAAGUUCAUUUUCAAUACCAUUUCUACGUGUUGUUUGGAUUUUUAUUUGAUGAGACAAAAAUGCUUUCGUGUUGAUCCGUGAAAGCAGAGCUAAAACUCUGAACAAAGCGACCCGACGCCAUAGUCACGCACGCACACACGCAGGUGAAUCACCUGGUUCAAAGUGAAACUGGACAAGGCAGCAAUAUUUAAUGGCGUGGUCGAGAUCAAAGUAUCUGUUCGUGUGUUUUUGAAACCGAAUGUAUAAUCUUUAGAGAUUGUAGAAGAAAUUUCACAAAUGGACCGGUGGUACAAAUUAGGGUACUUAUUAUAGUCGCUGGCUAGUUUAGUUUCGGUUUGUUUUAUUUUUGUUCUUGUUUAGUUGAGCGGUCUUGUUCUUGUAUCGUGUUAAACACAAAGUGAUUUUGUUUAUUAUUUUGUUAGCUUUUCACAAGGAAUAAUAUGUAGGCUAUUUUAAAACCGUCCCAGAAGGAUAUCGCAAGUUAGCUACAAGUGAGAGCGUUUUUCUGAUUGGCAAAUGUUUCACUGCAUACUCUUUGUUCAACACAUUACCUGUCAAAUUUAUAAAACCAGACUAAUUUGAAUCGCGUGGACAGUCAUGCUUUUCAUUUAUUUAUUCUUAUGUGCACUUCUUUGUGGAUUCACUGUAUGUGAACCUACAAGAGGGUUGACUCCGAGAGAGGACCCAUCGGGUGAAGUUUUUGUGGAGGAGGAAGCUGCAAAUAAAUUCCUAGGACGCCACCUGUUGUUCAACAGAUUUGACUUCGAAAUAUUCACUCCCGGUAAUUUGGAAAGGGAGUGCAUUGAGGAAGUCUGCAACUAUGAGGAAGCACGCGAGGUUUUUGAAAACAUUCCACAAACAGACGCUUUCUGGAAACACUACACAGAGGACCAUAAAAGUCGUCCAUCGAGAGUUGAUGUUACAGCUCUACUCAUUGGCCUCUUAGCGGCUGCGAUCUCAAUUGUCGUCAUAGCCCUGCUGACUUGGUUCGUCUGUCAAAGAAAGUACAAAAAAAACAGGACGAGAAGGGCCCCUGCGCGGCGAGGAAGCUCCGCCCCGUUAUCCAGAGUUCCAGAGACAACAGAGAUUCCCAUGCAACCCAUAGACCGGCCCACCGUGCCUGAGCCCGGCCUCCCCACCUAUGAGCAGGCAAUGACCAACGUUGGGCCGCACGACGCCGCCCCUCCACCAUAUCCAGGAUCAAGACGAGGAAGCAGGCCCCGGUAGCAUCUAUGGACAGCAUCAUUCUACUGGGAUGUUUGAAGAGUUUUUUGUCAUCUAAAUCUUGACAAUGGUUAGGGAAGUAAUACAUAUCUGUAAUUUACAUAUUUGAUUGACUAAUAUUCUUCUUCAUAAAAGCAUAAACACUUGCGUUUUGCACAGUAUAUCAAGAUUUGACUUCACUGAUUCAUUUUAAGACUUGUAAAUUGUUUGUGACUGUGAACAACUACCUAUGUUUUUUUUUGUAUUGUUUUAUAAUGUGAUUUAAUAAAUUAUGACAGAAAUGUUUAAUUUACACUGAUAAUUAAAGCUUUGAUAACAAUUUAA